CGGCCGGGCUGCCAUCCCGGGGCCAGGAAGCGGCGGGCGGCGCCAUGGGGAACCGCUGCGGCUGCUGCGCCGGCCGCAGUUGCCCUUCGCUAUUGAAGAGGUACAAAGAAAAACCAGAUACAAGAAUCAGUAAGCCGAGUUUACAGACCCCGGAAAGCAACAAGGGCCUUGAGGUGGCCCCCGUCUACGAUGACGUCUCAGAGUUCCCGGUCUACGCCACGGUGAGCAAGCCGAAGAACAUGAAGCCGGAUGAAAGCAGCGUGCAUUAUGCCGACAUCCAGGUCUUCACCAAGCCCCGCGAACGCUCAGCCGGGGAGGUGAAAAACCUCCAGACGCAGAAUGCGACGGAAUACGCCACCCUCAAUUUCUCCCGAGCCCCCCUGAAAUACGACAACAAGAACGGGACUCUGGUAUAAGUGCCAAAGAGGCCAUUUCUGGAGGGAAAUGACAUCCAGGAACCGCAGGUGCUCAGUUGUUUCAGAAAAGGAAAAAAACAAAAAACACACACCACACACGCAUACACAAUCUGGAUCAGGUCAGCAUGGACUCUCGGAGGAAGAAUGGUUUUUUUUGUGUGUGGGGAGAAAAUGAGCCCUUUGGACGAUGGGAGGAGUGAAUAAGUUCCAGAGGGAAAAUGGCUUCUUGGAUGGUGUGAGCGAGCAAGAGAGCCAGCUGGAGGACAAAGCCCAGCCGAAAUAUGGAAUAAGCAACAUGGAAGUUUUGCAAGAUUUUUUUUUUU